UACGUAGGAGUACUUUUUUAGAAACUUCGAAGAAUUUCUAUUUUUGGUAAUCAUAUAAAUUUCUCCUGGGAAAAGAAAAGAAAAUGCUUCCUUUUCCUUAGUUGAGAAGGGAAGCGAAAUUGCAUAGAAAUAUCAGCAACAACAAUAAGAAAGAUGGUGUCAAUUGUUAGGCGCAAAACACUGAAGUUGUGAUAAAUCGAAGGUUGUAGAAGUGGCUAUGUCGAAGGAGAACGAACCGGCAAAGCUGCUUUUACCUUGCCUUCAACGCGCCGAUGAGUUGCAGAAACACGAACCCCUCGUUGCCUACUACUGUCGGUUGUACGCAAUGGAGCGAGGGUUGAAGAUUCCUCAAAAAGAGCGUACAAAGACCACUAGUUCCCUCCUUGUUUCCCUUAUUAAUCAACUCGAAAAGGAUAAGAAGUCAUUGGAAUUGGGGCCCGAUGAUCAUUUGCAUGUGGAGGGAUUUGCGUUGAAUGUUUUUGCAAAGGCAGAUAAACAAGAUCGAGCUGGGCGAGCAGACUUGAAUACAGCGAAGACAUUUUAUGCCGCGAGUAUCUUUUUUGAGAUCCUUAAUCAGUUUGGUGAACUCCAGCCGGAUCUUGAGCAGAAACAGAAGUAUGCAGCUUGGAAGGCAGCAGAUAUAAGGAAAGCUUUGAAAGAAGGAAGGAAGCCUGUACCAGGCCCUCCUGGUGAUGAAAGAGAUAUUUCGGAGCUGUCCAGUGCACAAAAUGAUACAUAUGAUCUUCAACCUGGUGGAACUGAUUCAGUCAUCAAACCCGCACCAGAAUCCGAUUCAGUCAUCAAACCUGGACCAGAAUCGGAUUCAUUUAGUCACGUACAUGACGAUGCGCAUUAUUCUGCAAAUAGACCGUCUCCUCCAGCAGCCAACCCACCACCUCCUCCUUCACGUGUCCCUCCGUCACCUCCGGCAGCCACCAUACCAACUCCUCCUCCACAUAUCCCUCCAUCACCUCCUUCAUAUUUUAGUGAUGAGUAUUCUUCUCAUAAUGACUAUUCUUCUCAUAAUUUCCAGCGGACUCCAUCAGUUAAUAUAUCUGAAAAUCCGUCUUACUCUCCGUCGUAUCACCAUCAACCUUAUGUGCAAGAACCACAGUCUCACUUGCCACAGCACUACCCUUCGCAUGAUGUUCCCUUGUAUUCAUAUCCCAAUUUCCAGGCAUAUCCUAGCUUUAUGGAGAGCAGCCUUCCUUCUGCGCCAUCACAUCACCCUUCUUACUACCAAGGCGCUGAUGCUUCGUAUUCCACAUUGGCUGCAUCAAGCACUGCAAAGUUUUCAUCAAACACUCAACACAGUUCAAGUGAUAGAAAUGGGACUGCAUCACAAGCUGCAGCUGCUCCCACCAAAUCAUAUGAAUACGACAGCAAUUACCAGCCUCCUCCGGAUAAAAUAGCUGAAGCACACAAGGCUGCAAGGUUUGCUGUUGGGGCUCUGGCAUUUGAUGAUGUCUCUAUCGCCGUAGACUACCUCAAAAAAUCACUUGAGCUGUUAACAAACCCAUCAGCUGAUCAAUGAAGUGAAUCGUGCUAACUAAUUGAGCGUCUGAGACAUCUUUGUUGGGGUUGUUCACUGUUUGGUUUCGUUUGUAAAGAUGGCUUUGUUGACUGUUCUAUCCGUGUUUACGUUAACAGUGAUGUGAUUAUGUAUGCAUCCAUGAGUCUCAUCAGCCUUUUGGUGGAUAUUGUUCACAAGCUAUUUGAUUCGAUUUUUCUGUGCAGAAAUAACAAGUUCUCUGGUUUUUCUCUUAUGGAUGUUGCUCAACCAAGGGUGUCUCUUUGGGAGUUCUAGAGUUCCGCCCGUGACUAUUGUAGAUUGAGGCCCCUUACGAGAUCCCUGUGAUCUCAUUUGAUUAUUAAGGUGAUUUUGAACUUUAAUAUGCUUGA